AUGACAACUUGUUAUGACGAGAUCGAGUCGAGCUCGAGCAGCAGCAGCAGCAGCAAGCUCCGAGUAGGAUUCUACAGCAAGAGCUGCCCGAAAGCCGAGGCUGUAAUUCACGGUGUAGUCCGUGAAGCCGCCGUCGCCGACGAAAACAACUCCCCCAGCUUGCUCAGGCUUCAUUUCCAUGACUGCUUUGUUAAGGGUUGUGACGGGUCGAUUUUAAUCGACAGCGGGGCCGAAACGGACGAGAGGCGCGCGUUCGGGCACCAGGGCGUGAGAGGGUUUGAAGUCGUCGAGAGAGCGAAAGCCGAGCUCGAGAAGAUUUGCCCGAGGACUGUUUCUUGUGCCGAUAUCGUGGCUUUAGCCGCAAGGGAUGCUGUUUUCUUGUCAAGAGGGCCGUGGUAUGAGGUGGAGACCGGAAGGAGAGAUGGGAACGUGUCAAACGUGAAAUUUGCGGAUGAAAUGCCGGAUGUUGGGGAUGAUAUUAAGAAGCUCAAGGCCAAGUUUUUAGCAAAAGGGCUCAAUGAGAAAGAUCUCGUGCUUCUAAGUGCUGCUCACACAAUAGGCACCACAGCAUGCUUCUUCAUGACCCAAAGGCUCUACAGCUUCCCAGGCCACGGUGGCACUGACCCCUCCAUAAAUCCCUAUUUCGUGCCCGAACUAAAAUCCACGUGUCCCAAAAACGGAGACGUCAAUGCUCGGGUGGCCUUGGACCGCGGCAGUGAAAAAACAUUUGACGUCCAAAUUCUACGCAACAUAAGGAGUGGCCUCGCCGUGUUGCAAUCCGACGCGAGGCUCUAUCAGGAUGUGGCCACCAGAAAAGUCAUUGACUCUUAUCUCGGGCUUCUCAGCCCAAUCCUGGGCCCGUCGUUUGGGUCGGAUUUUGCGGCGUCCAUGGUCAAAAUGGGCCGGAUCGGGGUGCUUACCGGGUCAAAGGGGACCAUUAGGCGUGUGUGUUCGUCUUUUAAGUAG